ACAAUAGCAGGAAGAGGGAUCGUCUAGGAUCACAGGACAGUGUUGUUACCUGGUGUGGAUAAGAGGAGUACCACUGAGUUGUAUGAGUAACAGACUGGCAGAGGAAAACACCAGACACUACUCACACUGGGACACUGAAGCAUCAUGUUGCAGACAGUUGGGGAGUGGAUCUGGUGGGAUCGUUUGUGGCUGCCAGGAAAUUUGUCCUGGUCUGCUUUAGAGGACAAGGAAGGUCGUGUCUAUGCGAAAGUGUCUCAUCUUUAUGCCUCUCUACCCUGUGCCCUUUGCCUGCUUGUGGUCAGAUACUUGUUUGAAAGGUACUUUGCCACACCACUGGCUAAUUUUUGGGGAAUCAGGGACAAGAUACGUCUCCCAGCAGAACAAAACCCUAUACUAGAAAAAUACUUCUGCAGCCAAACACGGGUUCCUUCUCAAGCUGACGUGUGGUCUCUGUGUAAGAAGACUGGCUGGCCAGAAAGGAGAGUUCAGGUGUGGUUCAGGAGGAGAAGGAACCAGGAGCGACCGGGGCUUCGAAAGAGGUUCAGUGAAGCCAGCUGGAGAUGUGCAUUUUAUCUUUUUGCAUUUUUUGGUGGAAUCCUAGCUCUCUAUGAUAAACCCUGGGUUUAUAAUCUAAGGGAAGUUUGGGCAGGUUUUCCUAAACAGUCCCUUCUGCCAUCACAGUACUGGUAUUACAUGUUGGAAAUGGGCUUCUAUCUUUCUUUGGUCUUCAGUCUCACAUUUGAUGUGAAACGAAAAGACUUUAAAGAGCAGGUGGUUCAUCAUAUGGCCACACUGACUCUCCUGAGUUUUUCCUGGAUUUCAAACUUCGUCCGUAUCGGAACCCUUGUCAUGGUUGUUCAUGACUCUUCUGACAUCCUACUCGAGGGUGCAAAAGUAUUCAACUACGCCACGUGGCAGCAGACUUCUAAUGGCAUGUUUGUGGUGUUUGCAGUCGUGUUUAUGGUGACAAGACUUAUUGUUUUUCCUUUUUGGCUGAUUCACUGUACAUGGGUGUACCCACUGGAAUUGUAUCCUGCCUUCUUUGGCUACUAUUUCUUCAACGUCAUGUUGUUGGUUCUCCAGUUGCUCCACCUGUACUGGGCUGCUCUCAUAUUAAGAAUGGUUUACAAGUUUAUCUUUACCCAGCUGGAAGGCGAUGAUAGGAGUGAUAAAGAGGAAGAUGACAGUGACCCACCGAUAGAAAGAAACCACAAACCGAGUCACAUGAAUGGUUCUGGUGCCAGAGGCAGGGCCAAUGGCCACUGAAACAUACAGAGAGAAACAGAGAAAGAUGUACAGCAGAUAUGUGGACAUUUUUCUUCAAGUCUUUGGAUUACAACUGUUAGAGUUUAACUGUUUGUAAAAUGAUAAAGCAUAUAGUAUUAUUCUAAAGCACAGAAUAUUAUUGCAUAGGUAACUGUGAAGGAUUACAAAAAUAAACUUGUAUGACACUACAUGCUUUCUGCAACGCCGUGACCACAU